AUGUUCUACAGCACGGAGGGUAGGCGAGACCUUCCUGACGCGUCAGAGCGCGUGUACUGACCCCGUCUGCAGUGCUCACUUCCCGCAAGUAUGGCGUUGCAACUGUCUGGUAAGCCUUCUCCUGCUCUGGCCCUACGUCUGCACUGGUUAUGAGACGUGGCAAUGCUGAUCAGAUUACCUGCAGGCUCGUCGCUACGCUCGGGUCGAAAUCAAGUCUCAAGAGGAUCUCCCGCAAGGCCAUUCUAGACGUGGACGUUUCCAAAGCAUGCGAGACUAUCGUCGAGCCUGACGCCCCGAUGGCGCUGCGGCUCCAGAGCAACUUGCUGUACGUCCUCAGCUACUCGUCCCAGACGACUCAUGGGGUCACUGACGCGCUACUAGUUACGGCGUCACGCGCGUCUAUUCGCAACAGUGCGGGUACGUGCUGGCGGAUGCUGAGACCGCCCGUAACAGCAUACGUGCCAUCUUCAAAGUGAUGCAGCAAGCUGCUCUCGAGCCCGAGGGUCGUACCAAGGGAAAGCAAGUUGAUACACUCACACCCCCUAUCCUCCGCGCAUUGCUAACGCUCAUGUUCAGGUCCGACCAGCUCAUGCUGCAAGACGACCCGAACUUCCUACCCGGUCUGGACUUCAUGCCGCUCGAUCUUGACAACCUGAAUCAUGUCAGCUCGGGCGCUCUGGAAGAGACGCAAGAGACCCUCUCGCCCCACAGCUCCCGCACGCACAGCUCACAGCAUAGUUUCGGUGGCCUGGACCUUCCGGCUUCCCAGAGCUCCCUCAUCGGCGGCCCUGUCGGUGGACUGGACCUGCUCAGCGCCCGAGAUGGUUCUGCACGCGGUGGGAAGUCGGGACCUGCUCAGCUCCUGGACGAUGACCUUGGUCUCACGAUCGAUGACGAUGGAAAUAUCCAUAUGGACGACCAUCCAGUGCGACAGCCACGUGCUCCAUCUGACAGGGUCGACCCUAUUGGUGCUGUCUGCAGCGGGGGACUGAGUGAUCAGUUCGGUGAACCCUUCGUAGGCUCAAUCUCCUAAACUCCCUCUCCUGUACUCUGACUGACCUCAAUGCAGCUUGGUCCAGCAGACGACGACGGCUUCAUGCCGAUACAAAACGACUUUGACGUUCGCAUGACAGAUGGCUCCACGGGACAGCAAGACCGCAUGCAGUCAGACCUCCAGCCCCAGACCACUUCUGAGACUGCCUCAGCCCAAGCACAGCGCCGUCAGCCACGCGCAAAGAAAGCCAUGCCACUGGACCGCGUUACGAGCCUUCGCAAUUCCGACCUGGUGGCGUGGCAAAGGAACUAUCUCGCCAACAUGCGCGACGCCAUGGAGCACAAGCAGGCACUCAGACUGGCUACUCUGGCCAAGAAGAACGCUGAACAUUGGGUUUUGGGCGCCAGCAUCGCGUUGGGUCAGGGCCUGUCAGGUCCACUCAACAUAUUCUCUGGUGCGAGAAUCAUUGAAGCUUUUACCGGAGUCGACCUACUUGAGCGCGGCCACAAGCGCCAGAGAGAUGAUCCAGAUUCCUCCGACAGCGGUCGUCGCGUCCGACCCCGUGGCGAGCCCUCUUCAGACGAGCUCACUCGCGGCAUCGAUGGAGACUUCUUUCAGCAAGACGACGGGUUUGCUCCGAUCCUGAACGACGACACGCUGGAGCAGGGCAGAGAAGCCCCGACACCUCUCGACGACCGCCAUGUCUCUAGCAUUUUCCCCUGGAACCAAUCCGCAGGCUCUCGUCCACCCACCGACGCUGGCCACCCCAGCUCGACUUCUUUCGGCGGUGGUAUGCAUUUCAACACGCUCGGCCGCCGCGGCAGUCGUCUCACAUCCGCCUCACCUCUCGUCGGCCGCGACCCGUUUGCUGGACAGGCCGGAGACCUGGAAAACUUCGACUCGGAUAUGGCCAUGGGCGCUCUCACCGGGGAGGAAGACUUUGAGCUGUAUGGACUUGCCGCACAAGUCGACACGGAGACUGCUGCGCAAUCUCAGUGGCAGCGUGCUGCGCUUGGGGCCGAGAGUGCCAAUUUCCUCGAUUUCGUCCGCACUGCUAUCGACGAGUCGGACGACAGUCCGCCACCUGGUCAGGAUAGCCAGCAGCGCGCCGCCAGCAUCGACUUCCAAGACCUUCUCCCGCCAGAGAGCAACAGCAAUGUGGUCGCGGCCCAGGCUCUGCUGCACGUCCUGACGCUCGGAACGAAGAACCUACUCAAAAUCCAGCAAGCCGGGGCGUUCGGACCCAUCAUCCUCAGCCACUAA